AUGCUAAAAUUUGGUAAAUUGAACUGUCUCAAAACGAGAAUUAACACACGAUCACUAUACUCAACGAGCUCCCAAGCAGCUAAAAAGGUAAUUGGUAUCGAUUUGGGUACUACAAAUAGUGCGGUUGCAUACAUUCGUGAUUCGAGUGAUAAAAAAUCAGCUACGAUAAUAGAGAAUGAUGAAGGGCAACGAACGACACCAUCGAUAGUUGCCUUUGAUGUUAAGAACUCGCCACAAAAUAAAGAACAAAUGAAGACCCUUGUUGGGAUGGCAGCUAAGAGGCAAAAUGCAAUUAAUGCUGAGAACACAUUUUUUGCCACAAAGAGACUUAUUGGUCGUGCAUAUGAUGACAAAGAAGUUCAACGAGAUAAGAGCGUUAUGCCGUAUAAGAUUGUAAAAUGUGAAUCCAAUGGGCAGGCCUAUCUCAGUACGUCGAAUGGACUUAUUCAAUCGCCAAGCCAAAUAGGAUCCAUACUACUAAAGUACCUGAAACGAGUCUCAGAAGAAUACUUGAGCGAAGAGAUCAAGCUAGCAGUUAUUACUGUCCCAGCGUAUUUCAAUGACUCUCAAAGACAAGCUACAAAAGACGCCGGUAAACUUGCUGGACUGAAUGUCUUAAGAGUCAUUAAUGAACCAACGGCAGCCGCUUUGAGUUUCGGAAUUGAUGAUAAAAGAAAUAAUGGGCUAAUUGCAGUUUACGAUUUGGGUGGUGGUACAUUUGACAUAUCAAUCUUGGAUAUUGAAGAUGGUGUAUUUGAAGUUCGUGCUACUAACGGUGAUACGCAUUUGGGUGGGGAAGAUUUUGAUAAUGUUAUCGUAAACUAUAUCAUAGAUAGUUUCAUCAAAGAAAAUUCCGAAAUUAAACGUGAAGAAAUCACCAGGAACAGGGAGACAAUGCAGAGAUUGAAAGAUAUAUCUGAAAGAGCCAAGAUAGAUUUAUCUCACGUGAAAAAAACCGUCAUCGAACUGCCUUUUAUAUAUAAAAACAAACAUCUACAAGUAUCGAUGACAGAGGAAGAGCUGGAUAAUAUGACGUUGUCGCUAAUAAACAGAACCAUUCCGCCUGUGAAGCAAGCCUUAAAGGACGCUGAUAUCGAACCAGAAAAUAUAGAUGAGGUUAUCCUUGUUGGCGGUAUGACACGUAUGCCCAAAAUCAGGUCUGUUGUGAAAGGCCUAUUUGGUAAAUCUCCAAAUUCCAGCGUAAAUCCUGACGAAACGGUUGCCCUAGGUGCAGCCAUUCAAGGUGGUGUUUUAUCUGGUGAAAUCAAAAAUGUUUUACUUCUGGAUGUAACACCAUUGACAUUAGGCAUUGAGACGUUUGGAGGAGCAUUUUCGCCAUUAAUACCUAGGAAUACAACAGUUCCAGUAAAAAAAACUGAAAUAUUCAGUACAGGAGUUGAUGGGCAAACUGGCGUUGAUAUUAAAGUUUUUCAAGGUGAAAGAGGAUUGGUACGUAACAACAAAUUGAUUGGUGACUUGAAGCUUACCGGAAUCACACCAUUACCCAAGGGCAUGCCCCAAAUAUAUGUUACAUUUGAUAUCGAUGCCGAUGGUAUCAUCAAUGUAUCUGCCGCCGAAAAGAGCAGUGGUAAAGAACAAUCCAUCACCGUGAUACCUAAUUCCGGAUUAAGCGAACAAGAAAUUGCUAAUUUGAUUGAAGAAGCAAAUGCCAAUAGGGCUCAAGAUAACCUGGUCAGACAAAGGUUAGAGCUUAUUUCUAAAGCUGACAUUAUGAUAAGCGACACCGAAAAUUUGUUCAAAAGAUAUGAAAACCUGAUUUCUAAAGAAGAAGAGUAUCCAAAGGUUGUAGCAGAUAUCAAAGCUGUGGGACAAGAUAUUAAGAAGUUCAAAGCUAAUGAAAACGAUAUGUCAAUUGAUGUUAACCAAAUAAAGAAAGCUACUGAUGCGUUACAGGGCAGAGCUUUGAAGUUGUUCCAAAGUGCCACGAAGAAUCAGCAAAAAUCAACCAAAUAA